AUCGUUGAGUCCAGACUCGCUGGGUACGUCACCGGCAGGCGGCCCUGCGGCACGUUGUUGCCCAGUAGCAGAUCUGCCGUGGCCCAACCGCCCUCCUGGUUCGGGUACAGCAUCUCCAGCACAGCAGCCACGUCGUCUAGCCACGGCAUCAGCACAGGCUCUGCGUUGUUGAGCACCACCACGGUGUUCGGGUUCGCGGCAGCCACCUUCGUCACCAACUCGUCCAGGCCGUCGUCCAAGGUGAGACCCGUCUGGGCGGGGCUGUUGGCGAACGCGAACACGAUGGGCGUGUCCACCUCCUGAGCGAUGUCGACGGCGAGCUGGAUGUUGGCAGAACGUUGAGCGGGGGUCACCCAGGUCAAGCGCACAGACGUCGGCUCAUCGAGCAGACCCACGAUGUACGCUUCCAUGUCGUGCCAGCCUUCCUCCAGGUACACGUACGACUUGAUAUUAUCCCAGUUGUCACGUGUAGCGAUCGAGUUACUCCAGGGCUUGACACCACCAUCGCCGAAUAGCCGAUAGCCUUCGCCAACCUCAGAUCCGGUAAUACUGAAAGUGCCGAUUGACCAGGUGGAACCGUAGUCUGGGUUGGUGUGGUUCUCCCAGCUGGGGAUCGCACGCGCGAACGAGAAUGUGUAGUACCCGUCCGUUUCCGCGUACACUUGUCCUUGCCACGUAUACGACGCGUUCUUCGGCAGAGCAGACGUGCCGGUGAAGUACACAAUCUCGUCGUUCGAGCUGCCGCCCAGGCUGUCAUUGCGGCUCAGACCCGGGUUACCCUGCAGGUUGCGUAGGUGCGUCGACGGGAUGAUCGUUCCUUCCUGGUCCACGCCGACGGCGUUCGCGACGUCCUCGCCCAGUCGAGACUUUAACGCUUCAAGCGUUGAGACUUGGCGGUCUGGGAAGCCGUACGCACGCUCCGCGAAGUUCGUACCGUGCGUGUACUGCACGCCAUUGGGGCCGAUCACCGCGAUGGACGAGCCCGACUUAAUGGGCAGUGUGUUGUUGUCGUUCUUGAGCAGGACGCCCGACUUGACGGCAAUGUCGUACGAGAUUUUGGCGUGGUCCUCCACCACAUCUUGCGGCAACGGUGAUGAACCUUCGGUGGUCGUGCCUAGCAGACCGAACUCGUCGUACUUGGCCAGGAUGUGACCGACAGCGCGAUUCAGAUACGACUCGCUCAAAUUCUUUGAGACGUAGAUGUAGUCGUACAGUGCGUCGUAGUACGAACCCGUCGGCAUCUCCAGGUCCAUGCCGGCGACGAGACUCUCGGCCGUCGAGUGUGUGGCGCCCCAGUCACUCAUCACGAUGGCGGAGCUGUUGUAGUCGUCGCGCACGGUGUUGAACAGCGGCUCGUACUGGCAGGCUGGAAUGCCAUUGAUCUGUGCGUACGAGCACAUGAGAGUGGCAGCAUUGCCCUCCUGUAGAAGAGUACCUGGAGCAACCCAGUACAGCUCCUGUAGCGUCUGGAAGUCCACAAUACUGUUGGUAUCACCAGCACUUGCACCGGUGGACGACGGGCCGAUCUGCUUGGCGUUCGCCAUGGAGCCCUGAUCUUGCAGACCCUUGACACCCUGGAUGCCAAGACGAGCAUUCAGGUAUGGGUCCUCGCUGUAUGACUGCCAGAAGUUUCCUGUCACGGGGUCGCGCAGGAUGUUCACGCGCGGCGACAGGGCCACCGCCAUGUUGAACAGCUUGGCCUCUUUGCCCGUGAUUACUCCGUGCUGGUACGCUGCGUUGAGGGACCAAGUAGCAGCAACGUUCAACUGCGCGGGCGAGCCCGUGGCGUUCUGCACGAUGUUGAUGCCAGCUUCACCGUCGGCGAGUCGAAAUUCCGGGAUGCCUUGGGACGGGAUGGCAACGCUGUAGCCGGCCUGCUGCUGGUUGCCUUCCGAGUCGACGGUGCCGUGAACGAGGCUGACCUUCUCCUCAGCCGUCAGGGCCUCGAUGAUGGCGUCGACCUUGUCGUUGCCCGUACGCCAGGAGACAGUGGCGAGCGGGUCACCGGCGCUGACGAGUUGCGUGUAGAGAGCUAGGGCGAUUCCCCACGUUACGGAGACCAUCGUGAUCAGAAUUGACACUGAGUGUUUGAUGUCUGCAGUCAGAGGCAAUUUUGUGAAUGAGCUGAGCGCUGCGUGGCUUGUACAUGUAGUUGGCAAAUCGUUGGUGCUUGGACGCUGAGCAGGGCUCUCCGGUUACUGUGACCAUUAACAAGUUCUCUGGUGUACGUACAUGCAACGUGACAGUAGCUGCAAGUUGCUGCUGAUGCUGCAUGGUCGGUGGACGUCAAGGUCGAUGAAGCUCGGACUUGAUUUAUUCUGCUACCGCGCAAACACAGUAGACUCGACGUGAUCCACGGUUGCUGGUAUAAUAACUUGCUGCAUCCGAUCCGAGCUGAAGAGAAGAUGAAUCGAUUGCCACUUCAAGUUGAAGUGUGCAUUUACUGUACGACCGAUAAUGUGAGCCGACUAGCGAGAUACUGCUGGUCCCGUCUCCAAUGCACGUAAACAUGAACGACAUUGCUGUGGUCUUGUAUUCGCUGAGCGGCGGAGGUAUGACUGCGCAGACGGCAACCACGCAUCAAUCCAUAUGCUCCCAAAUCGAGCUUUGUUUCGUUUGUGCUGCCCGUUGCACGGGAGGGCACGCUGCUUUCUUCAGCGCAUGCUGCUCGACCAUCACCUCGAAACUACAUGCGCAUCGCUAGACCGCAGCGUAAAGUGCAUGUACGUUACGUCGGCCAUGAUGUUGCUGAAGCAGUCGAGUCGAUCGAUGCUUCAAGCUGCCUCAAGAGUACGAAUCUGCUGGCGAGUGGCAGUGGUUGCAGCUAUAUGUAUACAUAAUAUACAAGCUUGUACAGGUGGUCAAUUCGCACAGCUCACGCGGAAAUGGACGCAUCAACGCAAUGACUUCAAGCAAUACGUACACGAAGCCGCCACUGGUUUGCCAGUCGACACUUGAUUCAGCAGCCAAAAACGCGGCGGCAAAGUGAACUCGAACUUCAAGUUCCGGUGCCCACGGGAUCCGAUGGCAUUGACAGCCUGUCAUUUAUGUAUGCACAAGAACUGGCUCAGUGCCACCAAGAAAUUCCCGCACCUGACCAGGCACAGCUAAGAAAUGAAAAUGAAAUGGAGUUUGCUAAUUGAUAAUUCAGAAUAUCCGCAGCGGGAAAUAGUUUGUUAGCUACAGUGUUGUCUCUUUUUCUAGCAAAUUGUUUGGAGUACGAG